AUGGCUCAAUACUCGCAACAGCAGGGUCGCUCCUCGUCGCAGCAGCGCGAGGCCGCCUAUAACAACAUCUUUGGCCCGCCCGGCGCCGCUCAGCAACAGCAGGGUCGUUCGCAGACCAUGCUCUCCCAGCCCAUGAGGCCGCCUGCCGAACGUGCCGCCACCAUGUCGUCGCAGAUGUCCGACUACAUGCAACGGGCCCCUCCCAUGCGAGCAUANCCCCCGCCGCAGAGCAACCCCCGUCCCGCUCCUCAUCACCAGCAGUCUUACAACACUCCAUCUCCUCCUACUCAGNNAACGGCGACUAUCACCACCCAUCGCAACAACAAUAUCCCUCGUCUCCACAACCCCACCGCCAGCCUCAACCUCAGUACCUGCCUCAGCCUCUUCGCCCCGACCGCCGUCCCUAUGCCGCUCCCCAGCGCCUUGAUCCGCGUGGUCCGCCGCCCUCGCAGCCUUAUCCUCGCACCUAUACCGCCGGAUCAAACAUGUCGCCCGCUCCCAGUCCUGGUCCCNGCCCUCAAUUCCGACAGCUACCGCUCGCAAUCUAUGGCUGCAACCUCUCGACCCAAUUUCCCCGUACAGCAUAGCCAGAGCAGCUACAACAUAGCUCCUGCACACGCUUUCCGCCAGCAACCAUAUAUGAGCAACCAUCUGGCAAGGACGACUGCCCAGGGUAGAGUUGUACCCGAUCGUCCCGCGGACGAGAGAACCAUGUCCAUGUCCUCGUACUCGCGCGAUCAAGACCACAGUCAGAUCAUGAGCGGUCGUGUCAUACCCCAGCGCAAACGGGGUGACUCCGAGGUGAGCCAGCAAAUGGAUCCUUUCAUCGCCGCCAAGGGUAGAACCCCUAGUCAGGGUAGCGUCCAGUCGCGCUCCAUGUCCAUGGCAUCUACUAUCGCUGCUCCCUCCGAAUUUUCAGAAACCACAGCUGGCGCCGCUCAGUCACCUCGACCCUCAAUUACUGCUUCUUCCACUCGUUCCAACAGCCAGAUCCAACAAGGCAACGGACAAAUGAUAGCUCAGAGACGCCCCUCUCUUGUCUAUGGCGCUCUUCUCUCAAAGGUCGCCGCCGCUUUUUACGAUAGAAUCCCAAUGGCGGAAAAAGAGAAGGACGGUCUGGUCUACAAGAACGCAUUUACUGGCCACGAUGCUGUUGAGCUGAUUGCUUAUAUCAUCCGUACUUCCGAUAGAAACCUUGCGCUGCUCCUCGGCAGGUCCCUGGAUGCGCAAAAGUUCUUCCACGAGGUUGCUUAUGCACACAGGUUGCGCGAUUCUCCCAACGAGAUCUACCAGUUCAAGGAAGCCGUGGUCGAAGAGCCAGCCGAAGUCAACGGAGUUUUCACCCUGCUGACCGAGUGUUACUCACCUACCUGUACACGCGAUCACCUUUGUUAUUCUAUAGCAUGCCCGAGGAGACUGGAACAACAGCAGCGUCUCAACAUGAAGAUUCAGCCUGGUCUGAAGAGAGAAGGCUCACAAGCCAGUCUGAGAGAUGAGCCGGAAGCAGAACAGAGACUGUGGAUUAACACCGUUUCCAAGGAUGUUGCCGACAGUGUCGAUGACAAGGAAAAGGCACGUCAGGAAGUUCUUGCCGAAAUCAUGUAUACCGAGCGAGACUUUGUCAAGGAUCUGGAAUACUUGCGCGACUUCUGGAUCAAGCCUCUGAGAAACCCCAACAUUUCGCCAAUUCCGGAACACAGGCGCGAGAAGUUCAUCCGAACAGUCUUCUCGAACUGCCAGGAAGUCCACGCUGUCAAUGUCAGGCUCGCUAGCGCUCUGACUCGACGACAGCAGCAGAGCCCGGUCGUGCGGAACGUUGGUGACAUUUUCUUGGAAUAUGUCCCUCAGUUUACGCCAUUCAUCAAAUAUGGUGCCAACCAGCUGUUCGGAAAGUUUGAGUUCGAGAAGGAGAAAUCUAGCAAUCCGGCCUUUGCCAAGUUUGUCGAGGAGACAGAACGUUUGAAGGAAUCGCGGAAACUCGAACUCAACGGUUAUCUUACGAAGCCCACCACUCGUCUUGCAAGAUAUCCCUUACUAUUAGACGGAGCGCUCAAGAAGGCAAAAGAUGACAACCCUGACAAAGAAGAUCUUCCACGAGCUGUGACCAUGAUCAAGGCUAUUCUCACCAGGGUCAACGAGGAAUCUGGAAAGGCAGAAAACAUCCAACAGCUUUCACAACUCAAUCAGAACUUGAAAUGGACUAAUGUGCCUUAUCAAGAUCUGAAGCUGACUGAAGAAGGACGUCAAAUGGUGUUCAAGGGUGGGCUCAAGAAGACGGCAAGUGCAGAAACGAUCGACAUCCAGGCAUAUCUAUUCGAUCACGCAGUGCUACUCGUCCGACAGAAAAUGGUCAACAAACGUGAGGAGCAAAAGGUGUACCGCAAACCAAUUCCGCUCGAGUUGCUAGUCAUCACGCAGAUGGAGGAGGUUUUGCCAAGAUUAGGGAUCACGAAACGCCCUUCGUCUAGCAUGAUUCCCGGAGCUCGUACUAUCACCAGUGCUGCGACCAAGAAAGAAGACGGAUAUCCUCUGACCUUCAAACGACUUGGAAAGGGCGGUUACGAGCUGACUCUGUAUUGCUCAACUCAAAUCCAAAAGGAGAAGUGGAUGGAGAACAUCCAUGCUCAGCAAGAGAAGCUUCGUGAACGCAGCAACAUUUUCACCAAGACAAACAUCAGCCAAGGCUACUUUUCAUCCAACAACCGCGUCAACUGCUGCGUACCCAUCGACGGAGGCCGUAAAUUGGUCCUCGGAACCGAUAUCGGUGUAUUUGUGGCAGAACGCAAACCCAAGGACGCUUCUCAUAAGCCAAAACGCAUGCUCGACUGCAAACUGGUGUCACAAAUCGACGUACUGGAACAGCAUCAGAUCUUGUUGGUUCUUGCCGACAAGGUCAUGUACUCAUAUCCUUUGGAUGCUCUGGACCCAGAAGACAAUCAGCCAACUCCCUCUAAGCGUGGGCGUAAGAUUUGCCAUGCCAAUUACUUCAACGCUGGCAUGUGUAACGGCCAAUUGCUCGUCUGUUGUGUCAAGUCAUCAUCAUUAUCAAGUACUGUCAAGGUGUAUGAGCCUAUGGAUGCGAUGUCUAAGGGAAAGAAGAAAUCCGGAUUGGCGAAAAUGCUUGCAGGCGGUCAAGAAGUGCUCCGACCAUUCAAAGAGUUCUACAUACCCAUGGAGUCGAACAGUAUUCACUUCUUGCGGUCUAAGCUUUGUGUGGGUGGUGCUAAAGGCUUUGAGAUCGUGUCGCUCGAGACGCUCGAAACACAAUCACUACUUGACCAAGCUGACACAUCACUCGACUUUGUCGUCCGUCGUGAGAACGUCAAGCCCAUCUACAUUGAGCGCACGCCAUCCGAGUUCCUGCUCUGCUACACAGACUUCUCGUUCUUCGUCAACAAGAACGGCUGGAGGGCGCGGAACGACUGGAAGAUCAUCUGGGAGGGUGCGCCGACGGCAUUUGCAACGUGGGGCGACAAAUACAUUUUGGCAUUCGAGCAAGAGUUCAUCGAGGUGCGGUUGACGGAGACCGGAGGGCUGGUCUGUAUCUUGACUGCCAAGAACAUUCGCUUCUUGCACUCGAGCUCGAGAGAGGUAGGUCCCAUCAAUAUGUGCCUUUUCCGCAAGGCGUACUUGCUAACCGGAUGCAGNAUUCUCUAUGCAUACGAAGACGAGAUGGGCGAGGAUGUCAUUGCCAGUCUGGAUUUCUGGGGUCGCCCACAGUCGCCCAGGCAAUGA